UGUGAGGGGCCGAAUCCCAAACGGCCUCCGCCGCGGCUCGCAGGGCCUCCGGGUUUGGAAGCCGGGACUCGGGGCCAGGAGCCGGCGGCGCCGUCCACCCGCGUCCCCCGCUCGGCCCAUCUGCCCUCGGCUUCCGUAGGCCCCGCUCGGCGUCUCUCAGGCCUCGCUCGGAGCGAGACACCCCCCCCCGCCCCGCGCGCGCCUCACCUGGGCCCUUGGCCCCGCGCCGGCUGCCCGUGGCCCCCGCCCGCGCCCCCCGGCCCCGCCAUGUCGCUGCACGGGAAGCGGAAGGAGAUCUACAAGUACGAGGCGCCCUGGACCGUGUACGCCAUGAACUGGAGCGUCCGGCCCGACAAGCGCUUCCGCCUGGCGCUCGGCAGCUUCGUGGAGGAGUACAACAACAAGGUCCAGCUUGUUGGUUUAGAUGAGGAGAGCUCAGAGUUCAUUUGCAGGAACACCUUUGAUCACCCAUAUCCUACUACAAAGCUCAUGUGGAUUCCUGACACCAAGGGAGUAUAUCCAGACCUGUUGGCAACCAGCGGUGAUUACCUGCGUGUGUGGAGAGUGGGUGAAACUGAGACCCGACUGGAGUGCUUGCUGAACAAUAAUAAGAACUCUGAUUUUUGUGCCCCGUUAACGUCAUUUGAUUGGAAUGAAGUGGAUCCUUAUCUUCUAGGUACCUCUAGUAUUGACACAACCUGUACUAUCUGGGGUCUGGAGACUGGGCAGGUAUUGGGAAGAGUAAAUCUGGUAUCGGGCCAUGUCAAGACCCAGCUUAUUGCACAUGACAAAGAGGUGUAUGACAUUGCAUUUAGCCGCGCGGGUGGCGGGAGAGACAUGUUUGCGUCAGUUGGCGCAGAUGGCUCAGUGCGGAUGUUUGACCUUCGUCAUCUGGAGCACAGCACCAUUAUCUAUGAGGAUCCACAGCACCAUCCCUUGCUGCGUCUCUGCUGGAACAAGCAGGAUCCCAACUAUCUUGCAACAAUGGCCAUGGAUGGUAUGGAGGUGGUGAUUCUAGACGUCAGAGUUCCCUGCACACCUGUUGCCAGGUUAAACAACCACAGAGCAUGUGUGAAUGGCAUUGCCUGGGCGCCUCACUCUUCCUGUCAUAUCUGUACAGCAGCGGAUGACCAUCAGGCUCUCAUCUGGGAUAUCCAGCAAAUGCCUCGUGCCAUUGAGGACCCAAUCUUGGCCUACACAGCAGAAGGGGAAAUCAACAAUGUACAAUGGGCAUCGACUCAGCCGGACUGGAUAGCUAUCUGCUACAACAACUGUCUGGAGAUCUUGAGAGUGUAACACUAUUGGUCUGUGGCAAACUGAGGCAGGGCUUUAUAACUUCCCCUCCCCUCUAAAGUAAGAACAAACAUGUUUCAAGUGGCCAGUAUCUUUUGUUGCUUUGCAUCUACUGUUCCAAGAAACUGUUACAGGAGUUAAUGGCAGGUGUUGGCUGUCCCUACAAGACUCAGAAAACGAAGGGACGCACCCAGCCUUUUGGACCUUCUGGGUUUUGGUUUUAAUAUUUUUCUCAAUUAAAAAGUUCUGUAUAUCUGUUUGUUGACUGUGUUAAUGAGCAUUACAGGCUUUAAAUGACUGUUUUAA